AAUUUUAUUUUGUUGAUUUGGUGUAUAAAAUGAUUUGUUUGACGGUGAAAUUCAAAAUCCCAUAGUAAACGUGAACGCCGCUCUCACACACGCAUGUAAACAGUUUUGUAACUCGCCAUGGCUGCUCCUUUGGUCCGGAUUUUGUCAAGGUCUUGCCGGCAGCUCUCUUCUCCCCUCAGAGCCGUGCAGUGUGGAGGAGGAUGGAGGUUCAGAUCCACCAGUUCAGCUCUGGACCCGGACUCAGAACAAACCAGUGGAGUUUCAUUUCUUCCUCUGCAGAGCUUCUCAGAGGAGGAGGCCAUGAUGAGGGACGCAGUGAAGAAAUACGCUCAGGAACGCAUCGCUCCGUUUGUGUCGAAGAUGGACGAGAGUUCACACAUGGACGAAGAGGUCAUCCAGUCUCUGUUUGAACAAGGAUUGAUGGGGAUAGAGAUCGAUCCUGAGUUCGGGGGCACUGGCUCCUCGUUCUUCGCCUCCAUCCUGGUGAUCGAGGAGCUCGCCAAAGUCGACCCGUCUGUGGCGGUUCUGUGUGACAUCCAGAACACGCUCAUCAACACCCUGCUGUCCAAUCUGGGAACUGCAGAACAGAAGGAGAAGUACCUCACCCGCCUCUCCACAGAUAUGGUGGGUAGUUUCUGUUUGUCUGAGGCCGAGUCUGGCAGCGACGCUUUUGCCUUAAAAACUCGAGCAGAGAAACACGGAGAUCAUUACGUCAUAAACGGAUCUAAAAUGUGGAUCAGUAACGCGGAACACGCCGGAGUGUUUCUGGUCAUGGCCAACGUCGACCCCUCGGCUGGUUACAGAGGCAUCACGUGUUUCCUUGUGGACAGAGACACAGAGGGGCUGGAGAUCUGUAAAAAGGAAAACAAACUGGGGCUCAGAGCGUCUUCCACCUGUCCUCUCAACUUUGACAACGUGAAGGUGCCUGAAAAGAACAUUCUGGGUCAGAUCGGUCAGGGAUAUAAAUACGCCAUAGGGAUGUUAAACGAGGGCCGGAUUGGAAUCGCAGCGCAGAUGCUGGGUCUGGCUCAGGGCUGCUUCGACCACACGAUUCCUUACACCAGACAGAGAGUUCAGUUUGGAAAGCGUAUAUUUGACUUCCAGGGGAUGCAGCAUCAGAUCGCUCACGUGGCGACGCAGAUCGAGGCGGCGAGGCUCCUCACGUACAACGCCGCUCGACUCAAAGAGGCCGGACGCCCGUUUAUCAAAGAGGCCUGUAUGGCAAAGUACUUCUCUGCUGAGGUGGCGACGCUGACCACCUCCAAGUGCAUCGAGUGGAUGGGAGGAGUGGGCUUCACUAAAGAUUACCCCAUAGAGAAAUACUACAGAGACUGCAAAAUAGGAACCAUUUACGAAGGCACCACAAACGUCCAGCUCUCCACUAUGGCCAAGUUCAUAGAUAAAGAAUACGACCACUGAGUUUUCCAAGAGCGACGAAGCACACUCCGUUUAAGACACUAAAGCUGCUGCUGUGAAGAAGAGAGAGGAGAGGGUUAAGAGUAAGAAAAAGAUCAUAUUAUGUGAUUCACCGAAGCCCUGCUCUGUAUUAUACUUGUAAUGUAGAGAGAUUUUUUCCUUUUAUCAAUGUUACUGAGGGUUUUUAGCACUUUUGUUUUGACGUGGGGCUUUAUUUCAUCUGAUUUAAAGGUGUAUUGUGUAAUUUUAUAAAAGCAUUUGAUGGACCUUCCACCAGAAAAGUUACACAGUGCAGCUUUAAGCAUUUAUUUAGAUUCUUUUAGCCUCAAAUGUAAAAAUACAACGCACAAAUUUCCACAAUAUUACAAUCUCAUAAUGCAAAUAUUAUUUUCAGUUUAUUAGACCAAAUAAUCGCAAAUUAUCAGGGAGAGAAACCAGAACUACCCACUGGUUUUAGUCCUGGUUUAGGCUUGGUUAAGUUCUGUUUUAGUUUAGUCCUGGUUCAGUCUCGGGUUAGACCUGGUUUAGUCCUGGUUUAGUUCUGGUUUACACUUGGUUUACUCCUGCUUUGGACCUGUUUUAGUCCUAUUUUAGACCUGGUUUAGUCCUGGUUCAGUCCUGGUUCAGUCCUGGUUUAGUCCUGGUUUAGUCCUGGUUUAGUUCUGGUUUACUCUUGGUUUACUCCUGGUUUACUCCUGCUUUGGACCUGUAUUAGUCCUGGUUUAGACCUGGUUCAGUCCUGGAUUAGUCCUGGUUUAAUCCUGUAGUGUCCCCACUACACCACUGAACUAGACCAGACCAAAACCAGUACUAAACCAGAUCUAAAAAGAAUCCAAAAAGUCACAACUAGGACUAAACUUGGACUAGAUCAGGACUAAACCAGAACUAAUAAUUUCUCAUUAAUAAUUUCAAUUAUUAUGGAAAGUUUAAGACCUUUUAGCCAGUUUUGACAUUUCGGAAACAAAAUCAGUUAAGUUUUAGACUUUUUUUUGUCAAAAUUUAGCAAUAAUUUAAUCUCAUAACACAAAUAUACACCAAUAAUAACAAUUUCUUUCAGUUUUAAGUUUAUUUUUGUCAAAUUUCUGUCAAAUAUUUCAGUGCCUUGAUGUUUUUUUCUGUUUUCUUUUCCAUGUGCAUACUUUUGUCAUACAUAUUUUGUCUUUUUGUUUCGUUCUACUGAGAUUGUGUCUGUUUUUGGAUGAAUUAUCUGUAAAACAAAUUUAAUUAAAUGUGUCGUGCAUCUUCAA